AAAUACUUCAAUAAGAUAAAAUAUGACAAUUAAAAUUAAUAUUUAAUCAGAAAAGAAGAAACGUGAAAAUCCAAUUGAAGAGGUGGAUGGUAUUCCAGCAAAGAAGGCAAAAUACAGUCAAGGGACACAAUAUAAGGGUGAAUACAGACUUCCGGAUAUGGAGGACUAUGCUACAGAGAAUCAGGGUCUACUGAUAGAGAAACUAAAAGAGGAUAUUGGACCCAGUGCAUUUAAAACACUGGAAGAAGAACUAGCCAUGAGAAAACUGAAAAAUGUGUUUUCAUUUAAUGCUGCACAGUUUUACAAAGUUGUCACAAACCAAGAGCUAAAAGUUUUUUUGAGCAAAGAUUGUAAAAAAACAUCACAUGGAAUACCCUCCAAAAUUCUUGAUUUGAUGUUACACCCAUCUCAAAAAAAUAAAAAAACAAAGCAGAUGAGUCAGCCAAGACAGAAGAAGCCAAUACCUAGUCCUAAUUCUACAAGUGAACAGAAACUAAGCAAUGAAAGGCAAGAAUUGCCAACUGAUAAAGUAAAAGGGAAUUCACAAAUAUCCAAAGAAGACAUCAAGAAUGAUAAUGUUUAUGCUGUUGAGCAGGAACCAGAGGUAAAAAAGAAGGUAUCACUACUUAAAAAUGAGAAAAAUAACCAAUUUUCCAUGGAGGACCUUACUCGGGAUUUUGAUGGUGACUAUAAUGAGAAAUGGGAAGGAGAGGAAACGAAAGAAUUGCCAGAAAAUAAGCAGAAAGGGGACCUCCAAAUCUCCAAGGAGAACAACUUCAUUGAGGAACCUGAUGUUGACUAUGAUGGAGAAGGAGAUGAAAAGAAAGAGGAACAAAGGAAUUUCAUAAUGGAGAUGGAACCUGUACAUGAAAGUAAAGAAGAUACAAUUAGAUGCGAUAAAAAAACCAAGAACGGGGUAUCUGAAAAUGAACUUUCUGAGAAUUUAAAAAGGCUCAUUGAGAAACAUUAUGGAAAAAAACCCUGUAUUGAUAUGCGGUGUAAUUAUGAGCACAAAAAAUAUAAAUGCCUUAAAGCCCAAGAUGUAAUACUAUUUAAAUGGGAAGAGGAAACAGAAUACCGUAUAUUGCAUUAUCUGCAGGAUGACAAAGAUCUUAAUAAGAAUGAUUGGCUGAAAAAGAACGUGGAAUUUGAAUUGCAGUUUAACAUGGCUGUUUUAGGUGUUCAAUGUUCUGAAUGCAUAUCUAUUAACAGUCUAAAGAAUGUGAAGGCCAGUUCUUUCAAACAACAUGAAGAGUGUUUAGAAAGUAUUGUGUCAGAUAUUGUAUUGCCUGUUCUAGCUCUUUAUAAGAGAGUGAAGCUAAAUACAUUCUUUACAUAGUCCCUGGAGUAGACCUGGCUCUGGAACCAGGCGUUUGGAAAGUAGUGCAAUAUGGAAUUCAACCUAAAAGCAGCACUACAAAUAAUGACUAUGAGACUAGGCAUUAUGUUUUAAUCUGUUUUAAUUGUAUUUAUAUGUUUUAUUGGUUUUAUUGCUCAAUGUGUUUAUCUGUUUUUUGUAUUCAUAAUGCACCAUUGAAUUUUGCCAUAAUUUGGAAGUUGCUCUUAGUUCCUUUUGGGGUGAGAAGAGGAGGGUAAAAACAUAGUAAAUAAAUAAAUAAAUAAAUAAAUAAAAAGAAGAGUAAAUGACAACCCAAUCCACCCAAAUCCAUAUACAUAGCUCUUGAAGUAAAUCAAAUAAUUUGAAAUAGAAAAUCCCACAAAUGAUUUUCCCUUCACUGAUAAGAAAUCAUAUAUAUAAUAACGAGAAUUCAGUUGUACCACUGCUUCUUAAACUGCAGGACUCGAUCCCAAAUGGGGUCCCCUGAACUCAAUGUUGGGGUGCCAAUUUCCCCCCCGGAAUAUUACUUAAUAUUUGUUUUUGAAUUUACAUGAAUCGAGCAGUGUGUACAGUGGACUCUGCAGAAGAUACUGUACAGGCAGUUCCCAAGUUACAGACAUCCGGCUUAUAUUUGACUCCUAGUUACAAACAACAGGAAGUAAGCGGAAAUCUUCCCCUAGGAAGGGAAAUUCACUCCUGAAAGAGUGAUCAUUAGGGGAGGAGGUGUCUCAAUUUAAGCUGUCUCACCAACCCUUGUUUCCAAAGCAAGCCAAAUUUUCCAAAAUUGAAUUAUCACAGGGACAGGAACUGAGGAGAAAUUUUCUGAGCAGGGACACAGACAGCAAAACAAAUGUCCCCUAUGAUAUCCAACACACACGCACUAUCCAAAACACACAUGGCUGGAGUUACACCUAAAAAUGUACCUGGUAUGACUAUAUACAAAUUCAGCUUAAGAACAAACCUACAGAACCUGUCUUGUCUGUAACUUUAGGGACUGCCUGCACUUCAUAAAGAGGAAAAUCAAAUAUGAAUUUGUUAUCAGUUCAUGUUUGUUGUUUGCAUAUAUUUUAUAUACCUGUAUACCUGAGGUCACAUAAAAUUUUCUCAGGCCAAAAGUGAUUGCUAAUGGAAAAGUUUAAGAAUUCCUGAUUUAUGAUUUUCUUAUGACAUUUAAUAUUGGACUGCUAAUUUAGUCCCUUUACUGCAGUUAUAAUGUAUAUGUGCUUUCUUGCCAAAGACCAAGGAAGCACAAUCAAUUAAUUUAAAAAAACACAUUUAGACAAAAUUGACUGCACAAUUUUUACAUAUAAUCUCAAUAAUAACUUACAUUGUGUUUGCUUAGGUAAAAGGAUCUAUAGUUGCAGUUUUCCCCCAAUUUAAUUGUUCUUGCAUUUACUCCCUGCUGUACUUCUACAUUUUGAUUGUUUUUCCAAGUUAAUAUACUUUUACAGUUUUAAAAUCUUUUAAGCUAUUUUAAUAUGUUAAAUUGCUUACUAUUUUGCAAAUCAAUUUACAUUGUUUCAUUGCCUUAAAUUCUGACUUGUUUACAAUUACUGAAAUAAAUAUUCAUUAUCUUAAA